AUGCGUAGUUUAGUGGAGUUUCCAAAAUUUUCAGCAGCCCUAAGUGUCAGCCCCCUAGAGCACAAGAUCGUCAUGGCCGCGAAAGGAGAUAAGAUCGAGAAGAUCAUCACUCGUCUGCAGGACAGGAUCGCUGAAGGCCAAUACUACGAGGCCCAGCAGCAAACCCGGGUCGUGGCAGCCCGCUACAUCAAGGCGAAGAACUGGGACGCCGCAAUCGACAUCCUCUAUGGCGUCGCGCAGUCGAUGCUGAAGGCUGGCCAGGGCGGCAGCGGUGGUGACUUGUGCAACCUGCUCGUUGAUGUUUACAAACAGGCGGAGCUGAAGCCCGACCCAACGUCCAGGGGGAAGCUCUUGACUUGUCUGAGGUUAUUUGACAGCGAGGAGCCGACAAGGAAGAAGUUCAUCGGGGAGAUGAUUGCAUGGUCUGCCAAGUUUGGAGAAUACCCCGCCGGCGACCCAGAGCUGCACCACGUUGCUGGUUCACUCUACGCAGAAGAGCAUGAGGCAUAUGAGGCGGAACGACACUUGGUAUUAGGUACGAAAGACUCUGCCGAGAUCCUGACACGGAUGGAAUACGAGUGGUACAAAGAAAACGAGACGCACACCGCCGGCAUUUACGCUUCGCGGGCUGUCCUCCCCUAUCUCCUGCUUGCCAACGUCCGAGCCGCGAACACUGCCUACCGCACCUUCACCAGUGCCCUAGUCGAGGAUAAUAAGGGCCUUGGAGUACAAGACGUCAGCAGUAAUAACCUCGACAUUCGCAUCUUUCCUAGCCUUCCGCUCCUCAACUUUCUUGGCCUGCUGCUCCUUGCUGUGCAGAGAGGAAACCCCGAUAUGUUUAAGCAGCUGCAGAGCAAAUACGCGACUCAUAUUGCUGAGGUUGGCGCGUGGAAUGAGUCGCUGGAGAUGAUUGCCGAGAUGUAUUUUGGGAUACAACGGCCGCGCCAGAGCAACCCUCUCUUCGACAUGAUGGGUAGCUUGUUCGGAGGAGGUGCUGGGGGUGCCGGCGCAGGUGCGUCUCGGAAGCCGCCCGUGAGGCGGGUCGAGGCCCCGACUGCUGAGGGUCUGGACUAG